CUCAACUUCCUCCCAUCGAGCAGCAACAGAGACAUUGACCUUCUUUCUCCUCAUGCAGUGGUCUCCACGGAUUGCCGGGAGUUCAUCUUUCCUCAAGACCACAAGUAUCACUCUGCAGCAUGCCUGCACAUCGCUCUGCCAAUAGGAUCGCGGGCCUGGCAGCGUCCAUCCUGCUCUCCUCGCAACGGACUGCGACGACGCGUGAUCAUCUCCACCGCAUCAAAUGAAGCUUUCCUUUUGAUCCAAAACACUCGACGCACCGACCCUCGUCGCUGCCCAACGAAUUACCAAAGGUCCACGCAAAGUCGCAAACAUGGCCAACCCCGGUGCCAGCGCCAGCGCGCUCUCGGAUCGCGUCGUGCCCAUGCGCGUUAUCGUCUGCGGCGUCCAGCGAACCGGCACAUUGAGUAUGCGCCAUGCGCUCUACCGACUGGGCAUCCACGACUGCUACCACAUGAUCACGGUCCGCGAUAAUCCCGAACGGGACGGCCAGCGGUGGAUCCGGGCCAUCGACGCCAAAUACAACGACAAUGGCACCGCCGCGCUCACUCGCCGCGACUGGGACGGGCUGCUGGGCGAGUGCCAGGGCGUAUGCGACGUCCCGGCCGCGCUGUUUGGUCCUGAGCUGGCCGAGGCGUACCCGGAGGCCAAGGUCGUCAUCCUCAACCGCGACCCGGAGAAGUGGUACGUCAGCGUGCUGAACAGCAUACACGGCAAGAGGUCGCUGGCGUCCAAGCUGGAGAUGCUCUUCUGCAUGCUCUUCGACUCGACGACGAGGGCGUGGAUCAAGUUCGCCAUGGCGUUCGGAGGCCAGUUUGGCUACGACCACCGGACAGAGAAGGACAAGGCGCUGGCGUGGUUCGCGAACACGUACAAGGAGUUCCGUGACAGGAUCCCCGAGGACAGGAGGAUCGAGUUCACAGUGGCCGACGGCUGGGGCCCCUUGUGUAAGUUCUUGGACGUCCCGGUGCCCAUGGACCGCGACGAGGACGGCAAAGAGGUCGAGGCGCCUUUUCCGCGUAUGAACGACACGGCAGCGUUUUUGGGCUCAAUGGAUGAGUGGCGCCACGAGGCGAGCAAGCGGGCGCUGGACAACGUGUUCCGUCUGGUUGGGAAGUCGGUCGUGGCAGGAUCCACGGCGUACGUUGGGUACCUUGCGUUCAAGACGCGCCUAGGUGGGCGUUUCUAGUCACUUGUUGACUCUGCUCAUCUGUCCCCAGUCGGAGCCUCUGCUAGUACUUUAUGUGCUCUCUCUUUGCUAGAAUUUCGCAUAACAUACGUAGAGAAUAAAUGUAUAGUUGUCUAACACCGCUGUAGUUUAGAACAGUGAUAGAGGAAGUUGGCGCCAUGUGUUGAGAUAACACACCCCCUAUAUAACGCAUUGUGACAGCAAUGGCCGCUACAACUGGGUACUUGAGCUCAAACAGAC